AUGUCGAGGAAUGACAGUCCAUCGCUGUUGAACGUUAAGGUCCCGCCAGUCAAUAAGGUCAGAGUUCAGCUGGAGAUGCAUUCGCUAUGGCAGCAGUUUGAUGAGCUAGGUACUGAAAUGAUCGUCACCAAAGCUGGAAGGAGGAUGUUUCCGACGUUCCAGGUGCGAAUCUCGGGAAUGGAUCCUACCGCUGAAUAUGUUCUGCUCAUGGAUUUUAUUCCUGUAGAUGAUAAAAGAUAUAGAUAUGCAUUCCACAGCUCAUCCUGGUUGGUAGCAGGUCGAGCAGAUAUUGCGGCUCCGAGCCGGAUGCACUUCCACCCGGACUCACCAGCUCGUGGAGCCCAGUGGAUGAAGCAGACUGUGUCCUUUGACACGCUCAAGCUGACCAACAACCUGCUGGAUGACAAUGGACAUAUGAUAUUGAAUUCAAUGCAUCGCUACCAGCCACGCUUCCACGUGGUAUAUGUGGAUACAACGCCCAACAGCCAUUUAAAUGCACACAGAAACUUUUGCUCCUUCUCCUUCCCCGAGACUCGCUUCAUGGCAGUCACUGCCUAUCAAAACCACAGGAUCACUCAGCUGAAGAUAGCUAGCAAUCCAUUUGCGAAAGGCUUCAGAACAACAGACACACAGGAUUGGUUAGUGUACACUGGGAAACAUUCCCAAGCCUCUCGGAAUGUGGCAUCCACCAGAGGACAGGACUGA